AUCCAAAGCUGCUUGUUUAACAUUAAACGAUGGCGGCCUCCACUGUCAAUGUGGAGACUGUAAUAGGACUAUUAAACAGCUCACUGAAAUCACAAGGAUUUGAAGCGUACCCUCUUAAGGUUGGUUGGUACAACGCAGUUCUCCCUCCCUCCCUCCGCCUGUCUUAUCCAGAUGACACCUUGGCUGUGGUGGUGCUCAGCACUCCUGCUAUGUUUGAACAAGCUUUCCUGCCCUUCUUGGAGCAGAAGAGCUGCCACAGUCUGUCUGACCCCAUAGAUCAAUGUGUCAGACACCACAUCAGCUCUGCUGCUUCACAGUGUUUUCCAGGGCAGAAAGUGGACGUGAGCUUUGACUACGAGAUGCUUCCCAGCAGGAAGCCGAAGUUCUUGGCGCAGACUGCUGCACAUGUAUCUGGAGCAGCGUUCUACUACCAACAAUCUGAUGUCGCAGAGCAGCCCUGGGAUAAAAAGAAAAUGUUUGGAGUGUGUGUGCAUCCGAGGUUCGGCGGCUGGUUUGCCAUUAGAGCUCUGCUGGUGUUUGAAGAUGAGGCGAUGGGCUCUGAACUGGUGCAGCAGGAUCCUAUUGACUGCGUGUCUUCCAGAGAGGGCAGGAUCCAGCUGCUGGAGGCUUUUAACCUUCAUUGGAAGGACUGGCACUACAGAGACGUUGUCCGUCCGGUCCAGACGUACUCUCAGAAACAGAGAGACUACUUCUCUGUGGCCCCAGCACAGCGUUUUGCUCUUCUCAGUACUUGGGGCUUCCUGCCGAGUGAUAGCGAUGAAGCUGGACCCACGUCAGAUGCAGAGACUCAGGUGAACGGACACGGCUGAGCUGAAGUGGAGCUGCUGUCCAUCUCUCAUCAGCUCCAUGCUCUGCUGACCUUUGGACUCUUAACUUUUUUUUUUUUUGUGAAUUCUGGCUAAACAGUGACAGGGAUUUGUGUUUUUAUUCAAACUUGCACAAUGUAUUUUAAGUUAACAUUGGACAUUUUUGUUCCAAGAUGAGUAAGCCAUAAUGUUUUUCAUCAAAAAUCAACACUACUUUAAAAGAAGUCACGUUUUUGUUGCUAUAAUGAUGAGUUAUUCUGUUAUCGUCUUUAAAAUCCUUCUGUUUGGGUAAAAGGCUUUAAAAAUAUCUAUUUAUUUUAUGUAUAAAACACAAA